AGUGGCUGCGGCCUCGGUGAUCGGCGUGUUGGCCUUCCUUCUACUUCUGGAUCUUGCAGAGGCGACUUCGGACGAGACAUGGAGAGCACACUGAAGGAACUGAGGGCGGAGGGGGAAUCGGUGAUGAAGCCUAGGUGCACCGUGGCCGGCGGCGUGGAGGACGCCUAUGGCGAGGACCGGGCCACUGAGGAGCAGCUCGUCACGCCCUGGACCGUUUCCGUUGCCAGCGGAUAUUCUUUACUGAGGGAUCCACGAUUCAACAAAGGGCUUGCCUUCACUGAGAAAGAGAGAGAUGCUCACUACAUACGAGGCCUCCUGCCUCCAGCAUGUAUCACCCAAGAGCUUCAGGAGAAGAAGCUCAUGAAUAAUAUUCGACAAUAUCAACUUCCUCUUCAACGUUACAUGGCAAUGAUGGAACUUGAGGAGAGGAAUGAGAGGCUCUUUUACAAGCUUUUGAUCGAUAAUGUGGAAGAGUUGCUUCCAAUUGUUUAUACUCCCACUGUUGGUGAGGCUUGCCAGAAGUAUGGUUCAAUUUUUAGGCGUCCUCAGGGCCUUUUCAUCAGCUUGAAAGAGAAGGGAAAGAUUCUUGAGGUCUUGAAAAACUGGCCUGAAAAGAGCAUUCAGGUUAUUGUAGUCACAGAUGGUGAGCGCAUUUUGGGUCUUGGAGAUCUUGGAUGCCAGGGAAUGGGAAUUCCUGUUGGCAAGCUUGCCUUGUAUACUGCUCUUGGAGGAAUUCGCCCAUCUUCUUGCUUACCUAUCACAAUUGAUGUUGGGACCAAUAAUGAAAAUUUGCUUGGGGAUGAAUUCUACAUCGGCUUACGGCAAAAAAGAGCCACUGGACAGGAGUAUGCUGAGUUACUGCAUGAGUUCAUGACUGCUGUUAAGCAGAACUAUGGGGAAAAAGUCCUUAUUCAGUUUGAAGACUUCGCGAACCAUAAUGCAUUUGAAUUGCUUGCAAAGUAUGGCACAACUCAUCUGGUUUUCAAUGAUGACAUUCAGGGAACAGCUUCUGUUGUGCUUGCUGGACUUGUUGCAGCUCUGAAGUUGGUUGGUGGAACAUUGGCAGAUCAAACUUUCUUGUUCCUUGGUGCUGGGGAGGCUGGUACUGGUAUUGCAGAACUCAUAGCUCUUCAGAUGUCAAAAGAGUCUAAAGUACCAUUAGAGGAGACUCGGAGGAAGAUUUGGCUUGUAGACUCAAAGGGUUUGAUUGUUAGUUCACGCAAAGAGUCUCUUCAGCACUUCAAAAAGCCAUGGGCACAUGAGCAUGAACCUGUCGGUACCCUCUUGGAUGCUGUGAAGGCUAUCAAGCCAACUGCAUUGAUUGGCUCGUCUGGAGUGGGAAAAACCUUCACUAAGGAGGUCGUUGAAGCCAUGGCCUCCUUCAAUGAGAAGCCUAUUAUUCUAGCUUUGUCAAACCCGACCUCACAAUCUGAAUGUACUGCUGCAGAAGCAUAUAAUUGGAGUAAGGGGCAAGCAAUAUUUGCCAGUGGGAGUCCGUUUGAUCCAGUUGAAUACAAUGGCAAGACUUUUGUGCCUGGCCAGGCAAAUAAUGCAUACAUCUUCCCAGGAUUUGGUCUUGGCUUGGUGAUCUCAGGAGCGAUCCGCGUGCAUGAUGACAUGCUCCUUGCAGCCUCGGAAGCUUUGGCAAACCAAGUGACACCGGAGAACUUUGACAAGGGGUUGAUCUAUCCACCCUUUUCCAACAUCAGAACGAUAUCGGCACAUAUUGCCGCUAACGUUGCAGCUAAGGCGUACGAUCUUGGUUUGGCAACCCGGCUGCCACGUCCGCAAAACUUGGUGAAAUAUGCAGAGAGCUGCAUGUAUACCCCUGUCUACCGCAGCUACAGAUAAAUUAGCGGAUGUUACAUUGUCGCUAUUAUGGCUUUUAUGUUGUAAAAUGCUUUGUAGUUUUGAACUGGGGAUUGUGUCGCUGCAGUUAAUAAAGACUAACUUGCAGAGCUGCCUAGAUCUGCAGUUGUCGCCUGCUUGCUGCAGAUGCUGUUUAACCCCUCGUCGGAAGAGGAAACUGUGCUCAAUAAACUACUGCUUGUCGGAAUUCUGUCUUCAUAGUACAUAUUAUUUUUGCUGA